AUGUUUCGAGCAAGCCUCUUUACUAUUCCAAUAUCCUUAAUAGCACUCAUAGUUUCAGGAUUUAGCACUUCUUCUCAAAAUACCCAACUUUCCCCAGACCUGGCAUUAAAUUCUUCCCCAGACCAAACAUCAAUAUUUUUACAAGAUACCCUGCAAGCCUCCCGAGACACAACUUCAGAAAGCACGCUCUCUUUUAUUCAGCAAGAAGAUAGCUCAACUGAAACAUCUGAAGCCUCGUCAGAUACUUCUUCUUCAGAUACAGACGACACCAACCCUUUAGACCGUGACGAAGAUAACCAUCAACUCCCUGAAGAUUCAGAUGAUGGAGGUGAUGAAUAUUCCGGCGGGGACACAUAUUAUAUUCUUGCUACCAGUUUUAUUGAUAAUGAAGAAAGCACAGGAAAAGUAUAUGUAAUUCCUAUGAAAUCUGAAGACUCUUCUUUUGAAAUUUUGGGAGGGCUUGAAAAACCUGUUGGAAUUUGCUUUGAUAUUAAUAACAAUUUUCUGUAUGUAGUUGAUGCAGGGACUGGGAAUAAUGAUGGAUAUAUUUAUCAGUAUGAAAUUUCAUGGGAUAAAGAAAAAAGCUUUGCUUUAUCCAGAAAUAUUUAUGUGAUCGUAUAUGAAGGGGAGUCACCUUAUGAUUGCAAAGUUGAUAUAUAAGAAUUGCUAUAUGAAUAAAAAAUCAUUAUUUUGUAUUAAAAUGGAUAUUUAUAAUAAUUGGGGUAAAUAUGGCAAUUUAUACUUUGUAGAGUCAAGCUUAAACCAAAUCAACGCAAUCAGCUAUCUUGAUUUAUAUACAGGCCUUAAAAACCAGCAAUAUACCUUAUAUCAAGCUGACAGUGACUCUAACACUGAUAUAAGUUCUCCAUGUGCUUUAGAUCUAUACGAAAGCGAAGGAAUUUACUAUGUGAAUAACGAGGAUUUCGACACUUCCGGAACAGUAAACUACGCCCUCAUUAAUUCAACCACAAUUAACGCAAAUGAUAUCCAGCAAUGUGUAACUCAUGAUGUAGCACCCUGGGGUGUUACAUAUAGUGAAGAAGAGAGAGUUUUUUAUUCUUUGGACAGUGGAGAACUAUGUGGAUUUGAUAUAGGAAAUAAUACCGAUUCCUUUGUUAAAGUAAGCCAACUUAGUGAGCCUAGAGGACUUUGCUAUGGAGAUGGGAAAAUUUAUAUAUCUGAUCAUUCUGAUGGGGUGAUUUAUCGAGUUAAGGAUAAUGAUGAAGAAGAAACACCAACUGCUAUUGUGAAUCUGCAAGGGGCUUAUGCAGUGUUUUGUGUAAAUGAAGGAGAUUUUGCAAUAGGGUUGGUGAUAAUGUGGAUUGCUUUAAUUAGUUAUCUAUUAAUAUAA